AUGUUAUCGAGGCGGGAGGAGGCGAGUGUGAGGUGCACUUCCACAAGCCGAAUCACGGCCCAGCUGCUGUUGUCCUUCCUCGCCCUCUCCGCCUCCCCUAUCUCAGCAGCGGGAAAUGCCAUUCAGAAUGCGCAGUUUGUCCUUCCCAUAGAGGCGUCGCCGGUACCGCCUCUCAUACCAGGGCUCCUGGCACCCGCCGAACACACCUUCACACUUCGGCAUAUCUACCACCACGGCACUUACAAACAUCCGCAACUCCACCGGAAACAAGAUGUCGUUGAUCCAGACGCGCAGCUAUGGUUAGCCGCUGAGGAUGGCUUUGAGGCGCAACGUAUCGGCUCUCUGCGAGCCCGCAGCAGCUCCCACAGAAUACAACGGCUGGUCGAUCGGAGGCCGAGCGUGGUAGACCCAAUGGUAGCCCAGGCGCGACAGCGUGGAUUCGCCUCGGUCCUUUCCCCGUCUGCAUGGACCCUUGACGAUGUUCCAGGCCCCAACAUCACCGACAAGGAGACGCUCGUGACCUUGGCGCUGAUGGCGGCCAAUGCAUAUGUGGCCAAAGAAGGCGAUGCGGACUGGCAGGAUGUUGGAGCGCCCUACAACCGGAGUGCCGACUUUGGCUGGGAGGGUGAUGGGCUGCGUGGCCAUGUGUUUGCCGACGAGACGAACUCGACCAUUGUCAUCGGCCUGAAGGGGACCUCGGUAGCUGUCUUUGACGGGGAUGGCACCACUACCAACGACAAGGUGAACGACAACCUGUUCUUCAGCUGCUGUUGCGCCCAACAGGGCCCAUGGACAUGGCACCAGGUCUGCGACUGCGCGACAGGCACGUACACCUGCAACAACACGUGCGUUACCCAAGCGUUGCGCGACGAAAAUCGAUAUUAUCAGGCUGCUAGGGAGUUGUUUGCGAAUGUCACCGAGCUCUACCCCAAUUCGAAUGUUUGGGUUACGGGACACUCACUCGGUGGGGCUGUCAGUUCGUUUAUCGGCCUGACAUACGGUGUGCCAGUCGUGACAUUCCAAGCUGUCCCAGAAGCGUUGCCAGCCUCUAGAUUGGGCCUACCUGUACCGCCAGGGACAGACCCGGAUGCGCCUCAGACCAGGGAAUUUACUGGCGUCUAUCACUUUGGGCACACUGCCGACCCCAUCUUUAUUGGGACCUGCAACGGGGCGACGGCAGCUUGCUCCUUCGGUGGAUAUGCCCUGGAGACGGCCUGCCACAGCAGCAGAGAGUGCGUUUACGAUACGGUGGGCGACCUAGGAUGGCGCGUGGGGAUCGGAACCCACAAGAUCCGGGCUGUCAUCGAAGACGUUAUCAAAAAGUAUGACACUGUGGCGGAAUGCAAGUUCACUCCUGAAUGCAGGGACUGUGGCAACUGGAAGAUGUACGAAAGUAAUGGCACAGAGACGACCACGACGGCUAGCUCUUCGACGUCAACCGCCAAAAGCCGCACCCGAACUGAGACGUGCAAGACACCGGGUUGGUGGGGUUGCUUGGACGAAACCACGACCACUACAGGCACCCAAACGUCGACGGGCAUCGCAACAACCACAUCGUCCACCACAACAUGCCAUACUCCCGGUUGGUUCGGUUGCAAGGACAAAACUACAAGUACUACGACUGUGACGUCGACAACACCGACAUCAACGCCAACAUCAAAGCCGACCAGCACAACGUGCUUGACACCAGGCCGGUUCUGGGGAUGCUACGACGAGACCACGACCUCAUCCAUGGUCAGUACGACGCAGCAACACCAGACUAUCACGCCACCCCCGAGCCUUUCCACCUCUACUCCACCGCCGCGUCCAGCCCCAACGAAAGAGCCGCCCAAAUCGUCGAGAUGUGUUGAGCGGGCAUGGUACGGCAUGUGCCGGGAAUGGGAUGGCGAUGCUCCCAAGGUCAGGGAGGACAUGUGA